UUGGGGCAAGUUUCAAGGCGCUCUAGCCUAGGUGCUUUCCAAGGCUGGGAUAAAUGGAUGAUCGGAUCGCUCAGCCACUAUGCAGCAAGGGAGCACAAGGCACGCGUGCAUCCUAAAGGACCCAAAGGACUAACGAUUUCUCACGUCAUCAUUCCUCGUGACGUGUCCUGCGUAUGAAGUGAUGGAAGAUGGCCAAGCUCCAAGUGUGUCCCAUCCCAGACGAUCCCAAUUCCUACGCCGAGGCCUUCAAGCUGUGCACCAGGACAAAGAACCUCGCUGCCGGCCAACGCCUGCACUCGCUAUUCGCACAAAGCCAGCACUGUGGGAACAUCUACGUGUGCAACAUGAUCGUGGAGAUGUACAGCAAGUGUGGAAGCCUAGAAAACGCGAGAAAGGUCUUUGAGAGCUUGGCAUGCCCCAACGUCUUCUCCUGGAACAUUAUUGUCUCUGCAUAUGCCCAACACGGGCAUAUGCUGGAGGCCGAGCUUUUAUUCCAGAGAAUGCCUCGUCGCGAUCUUGUUUCUUGGGUGGUCAUGGUGGUAGCCUACUCUCGGGAAGGAAGCUGCAAGAGCGCAAAAGAAAAAUUCGACAAGAUGCCAGAGAGAGAUUUCAUUGCAUGGGUGGCUCUCAUCUCUGUGUAUGCUGCCUGCGGCCAGCUAUAUGAGGCAGUCACCCUCUUCAAUCUGAUGCCAGAGCGAAACCUGGUUGCGUGGAACGCCAUGCUGCAAGCGUACUCUCAAAACAGCGAUAUUGCAGGAGUCAAGCUAACCUUCGAUUCUAUGCCACAGAGGGAUGUUGUGUCGUGGACGACUAUGGCUGCAGCGUAUGCCCGGGAAGGGCAAGUGGACAAGGCAACAGUAGUGUUUGACGGCAUGCCAGAGCGAAAUGUGGUUUCCUGGAACGCAAUGCUUGCUGCAUAUUCAUCUCAGGAAGAUGAUCCAGAAUCGGGAGAUAUGACUCAGGUGAGGGAGCUGUUUGAUGCGAUGCCGGAGAAAAACUUGGUGUCGUGGACCAGCUUGAUUGCAGCGUAUGCCAGGUACGGACAUGUUGACAAGGCCCGCAAGGCAUUUGAUGCUAUGCCGGAGACAUGCGUUGCGGCUUGGAAUGCGCUGAUACAGGCAUACGUUCGAGUUGGAGAGGUGGAAAUGGCUGUGAGAGUUUUCGAGAGCAUGCCGCAGCAAGACAUGGUGUCGUGGAACGCGAUGAUCGCAGCUCAUUCCCAGCACGGCGACAUGACAAGGGCGAAAGAUCUCUUUGACAGAGCCCCUCGGCGGAACUUAAGGACGUGGAACACUAUGAUCACUGCCUACGCUCGGGAGGGCAAUAUUCGCGAGGCAGAGGCACUCCUCGACAAGAUGCCGGAACAGGACGUGGUGACGAGGAGCAGCAUGGUCGGCAUGUACGCCGACGCUGGUGACUUAAGGGUGGCACGCCGUGCGUUUGACAGCAUGCCGCUGCGCAACCGGGUGGCGUGGAAUGUGCUUGUCCAGGCCUACUCGCAGGCUGGCGACGUUGUUGCGGCCAAGGCGCUGUUUGACGAGAUGCCGGAGAAGGACGUGGUCACCUGGAACGCGCUGCUUGCCGGGCAUGCGCACAACGGGGAUCUGGACACGGCACGAGAGUUGCUUCUGCAGGAGAUGCCGGUGCGGGACGUGAUAUCGUGGAACUUUGUGAUCCAGGCGUAUGCCCAGAGCGAGCAAGGCGAGGAGGCAUUGCAGCUGGUGCGGGCGAUGGAUAUGGAGGGUUUUCAAGGUGACAGAGUGACGCUGGUGAGCGCCCUCGAGGCCUGCGCCAGCGUGAGGCUGGUGUCCCAGGGGAGAAUCGUCCUCUCCAGCUUUGGAGACGCCUACGGAUCGGAGCUCGUUACGGGCGACACGUUGGUGUCCAAUGCCGUGAUCAGCAUGUAUGGGAAGAGCAGCCAUCUGAGGGAAGCAAGGGUGACGUUUGAUAGGAUGCCGGAACGAGACGUGGUGUCUUGGAGUGCUCUCAUUGCCGCAAAUGCCCACAACGGACAAGGCGCUGCGGCGGUGGAGGUUUUCAGUGCAAUGGGGGUGGAGGGCAUCAUUCCCGAUCAAGUGACAAUGCUGAGCGUCCUCUUCUCGUGCAGCCACGGGGGCCUGCUGGACAAGGGGAUGCGCUACUUCAUGGGCCUGGCGAGUGACUAUGGGAUAAGCCACUCGAGCGAGCACUACCACUGCAUGCUGGACGUGUUGGGGCGGGCGGGACGGAGCAAGGAUGCUCGGGAGCUGCUGCUUACAAUGCCGUUUCUUCCCGGUGGUGUGGCAUGGACCACGCUGCUUGCAAACGAGCUCAACUCCGAUCAACGACGAAGCCCCAGUCUCCCUUAGGACCGGCUAAAUCUAUCGAGGGUGCUUUUCGAUCGCGCCGACUUGAGCUUGAUCCGCGCCUGCCUUCCGCCAUGAGGGUCGCAGGGGGAGCCUUGCAGAUGCGUCGGAUUCAUCCACCAUCGAGAAAAGAAACGUAUUCCAUUCAUCCAUGCAUUAAUCAAUGUUACUGGUUCUUUCGGAUUAGGAUUUGCGGAAUUCCCUUCUCUACUACACAGCAACAAGAUUGCGACAUUCUUCCUCAUAGGUGACCACUUUUUACCUCGCCUAGUCUUCGGCUAAACAUCCAUUCUUGCUGGUGGAUAGUAGUUACAGUGAUCGAGUAUCAACCGGGCAUCACAGCAGUAGAACGUGAUCAUCUUUCCUGGCCACUUUUCGGAUGGACGGUGUUCUCAUGGUGGAGGUGAGUAAAUCUAUAAUGAUAAUGGAUAAUGGGAAUAACGUCGAUUUAUCGUUGUCAAGAAGCUUACGCUGGCCAAAAAUGUUGGUAAUGGGAUCGAAUCAGCCAGGAAAGGCUCGAUGUUCAAGAACUCGAGAUAGCAUUUUCCACGCUUUGGAUAAUAAAAUAGUGUUUAGUUUA